AUGGGUGACUCUCAACCGCCACCCGAGGCACCCCCGGCCGUUGAGCCCUCACGCAAGAAGUAUACUUGGGUCGACCUCGCUACGCCUUCCCAUGCCUUGCACAAGCGCAAGCUGAUCGAGGCGCCCACCUCGAGCUCCAUCUCCAACAAGCGCCAGAAGGAGAAGGAAAAGGACGGCCCUCUUCCCCGCUUCUGGUCCAGCCAGCCUGAGCAGCGCUCCGUCUCCCCCGCCGGCCCAGCUCGCAGUCGUCACUACACUCCCUCUCCUCCCCCUUCUCGUCGCGACUUUUUCGACAUGUCCGCACCUACCAAGGUCAGGCUCACCCUCAACGGUUUCGUCAAGGCCGGCAGCCAAGCGAUCACCCGAGUCAGUACGCACGCGACCGAGGGUUUGGGCACCCCACCAGCUAUUGUGCCUGCCGACGCUCCGGCUCGCUGCGACUGUAGGAUCUGCACUCGUAGCAUCAACGCUGGCCACUCAAUCCGCAAGCCGCCUCGCCAGAUGGCAGCCACAGAGGUCCAGGAUACCGGUCCCAAAGGUUGGUCCGUCGUCAAGAACCCCAUUGCCAAGGCCACGGCAGCCAAGGUUAUGGCCAAGGCCAAGCAGAUGGCAGCUCUCAAGCGCCGGGACAGCGUACCGGCGGUCAGUCCAGCUUCCAAGGGCCCGACCAUCAAGAUCACUCCUGUGCCCAAGGAGCCUACCAAGGCCAACCCGCUCGACUAUGCCGAGGAUGACGAUACCGAUGACAGCUCGUUGACCUCGGACGGCGAUUCACGCUCCAAGACGUCGUCAGCCAAAUUGAGCAGGACCUCGGACGGUCCCGACAUGACCAAGGAGCUCGAGAAGCAUCAAGGGAACGUCAAUCACAUUUACGAGCGAGCAUUCGAGGUGGCCAAGAACAAGAUGACGAAGGCGGUCCGCACUGAAGCCCUCUUGGAGACGAUCAACAAGGCUGAGACGAUGCGUGUGGAAUUGCUCAGGCGCUCCUUGCUGGCCAAGGCGGCCGACGACGACAGGAGUGAAUACCUCCUUCGCCAGUCGCACCACCUCAACCAGAUAGUUCAAGGAUACAAGAGCAAGCUCCGCAUGCACGACCCAGCGGCCGCGUGGAUCGCUUUCUCGGACGAGGACAAGGAUGGAGAAGACGAAUGGGAGGAGGAAGAGCAGGAGGAAGAAGAGGAGGAGGAGGCGGGAUCUGGCUACUCGUAUGAUGCGUAG